CACGCAUAUUUUUCAGGUCAAACUGAAUAUUGACGAACAUUUUUUUUUUGCUUUAAAAACAAUAUGACGUACUAUUGUCUUCAUUUGAGUGACAGUUAACAUUUGACAAGUAAUUAAUUAGUCGCUCUAUAUAUAUAUACACUUGUCUUGUGUUAUUUUAUGACGAACGCGGUUUAAAGCAGGGAGACAUUCUCUUUCCUUGUCUGUUCAGUGUAUUGUGUUAUAAUUUUUCUUAAUAAACAUUCAGUGUUAUGCAGGAUUGAAAUGAUUUCGUUUGAAAUGAUUUUAUUUUUAAAAUUUGUAUAAAGAAACAUGUUUUGCUUGAUGAUAAAGGACAUAACUCUUCACAUCUUUAACAUCUUAUUCGUGUCAACUAAUUUGGAUAUAAUCUGUUUUCCGCUAAUUAUUCGACAUCAAAGACACUAGAUAGGAGUUGAAUAAAUACAUAAUUAAUAUGCAGAUGACAACGUUUUAAUAAAUCACAAUCUGAAACAGUUUGAAAUGAAUAAAUAAAUGUCUUGGUCUUCUAUUUGAAUGUCUUAUAUUUGAACAGUUCAUCUUUCGAGAUAAAAAAAUACACACACAUGUAGUGAGUGGAAUGGAAAACAAUCAAAAUUACUAAAUUAGUUCUGCAAGUGGAGUUACAGAAAAGUGAAUAAAGGAAAAGAAAAGUUAUGUGAAUAGCGUGUAGGCGUUUACAAACAUAGGCGACGAGGAGAUCACAUAUUUCGCGUGGAGAGGCUUUGCUUUAUACGUGUAUAUACAUCAUAAAUAUAACUUAAACAAUGAAAUGACACAAGUGGUCAAGAUUUCUAUGUCAUCCUUCAGAUUUGUUUUUGUUAUUUUGCAAAAACAGUACGGACGACUUGCAAAACAGAACAGAAAACAUUGGACAGUAUAAAUUAUGAUAUCUCUAUAAAGUUUGUUGUACUUUUCAAAGUGUUUAUGUCAUUGUUAUUUAAGAACUGAUACUGGUCCAUGUACAAACCUUCUGUUUACUACCAUUUAAAGUCUGAGUUUUAUGGCGAUAAAAGAAUACAUUACUUGAUAAGCAUUACUUUUUUGACUUCCUGACGUAAACAAAUGUUUCUGUUCAUGUUAAUUAUCUUAUGUUUUAACAAUGCUAAAUUUGACAAGAUUUUCGUGCUAUUUCUGCAUUAUUGCAGUUGUAAAGUCGGUUUUAAUAGAAGUAAAACAACAGAACGUAACCAUUAACCCUUUAGAAAGAGAAACACCAGACAGUGAUUGUAAUGCUGACACCUGCUUGACUUUGGGUAAAAAAUGCGAAAAUGAUGGCGAAUGCGUCACUGAUCCAAGCACUUGCAAAUCAAAGUGCGCAUGCGCUAAGGGUUAUUAUGGCGGUCGAUGCCAGUACGAGUCAGAAAAAAGAAACACCAGUGAAGAAAUCGAGAACAGAGAUCUAAGAGGUGUCACAUUCAAGACGACCUUAACUGAGUGCUCAGGUCAAGUCUGUAUGCAUGGCGAGUGUGUUCCUGCGCCGUUUGGUACAACUCGAUGCCAUUGUAACGAUGGCUGGUUUGGCGAGAAUUGUGGUACCUUCGGUUCAGUGAUAGAUGACGAUUUCCUUAAGUCGUUAACUGAAAGUUUUCACGAAAAGCUAUCGAAAGUAGAAAACAAAAAGCGUUUACAUACUGAAGAAGGGGAUCGACAUCCAAAAAAUAUAUCUGGUUUUGUAAUAAACAAAAUGGAUGUGUUUAAAACACUGAAAAAUAAUUCAGUAUUAAGUUUAGCUAGAAAGGAGAAGAAUACAGGAGUAGACAUUCAGCAAGCAGGGAAGCCAUUGCAUACAAAGCAUGUUGAAAUAACUGAAAGUCUUGAGAAGUCUGAAAAUGAUACUAUCAUUGAAAACAGCCUUAAUGCAAAAUACAACGUUUGUGACGAAGACUAUAUUGAAAGAAGUAAAGAAGAGAGAACGUGUGAACAUGUUAAAGGCAUUGAAUGCGUGUAUGGUGUUUGUAAUGAGACACUUAUAGAUUAUGGAACCUGGACCGGGUAUAACACAACGUGUAGCUGCGAUUAUGGAGCAAGAGGUCUGUUUUGUGAAAAUAAAUGUUGCUUGCAUUGUGGGGAGAACGGCAAAUGUGACCUUCGCCCUGACGGAGAUAACCUCACGGAACAUUGUAACUGCAGACGACGAUAUACCGGAUUCUUUUGUGAGAUUUUUCUGCCUGAUCCUGUUAAUGAGAAAGAAUGGGAUGCUUUCGUGUCAUACAAGUCUCAUCCUACGGACGAAAAUUUCGUCGUACGUGUUCUCUACCCUAAACUGGAGAAAGAGCUGGGGUUCAAACUAUGCUUGCAUUUCAGAGACUUCGUACCAGGAGAAACAAUUUCAAACAAUAUUAUAAAUGCUGUUGAAGGAUCAAGAAGAACCAUCAUGGUCCUAACUCCACGAUACGUGGAGAGUGAAUUCACUAGGUUUGAAUACCAAAAAGCCCAAACAGAAAUGCUGAAGAGAAAACACCGAAUUAUUCCGAUUAUGCUUGAAGACAUUUCCGAGGUAUCCGACAUUGAUAAGAACCUAAAAGGUAUCAUUGGUUCAGUGACUUACCUGGAAUGGCCAAGCACUGAGGACACUAGUAACAGCUCAAAAAAACUGGAUAAAUUUUGGAAAAGAUUGCAAUUGUCCCUUCCUAAAAAGAAAGUCACAGACUGUGAGAAGAGCGCAUUAAGUUGCUCAAGUCCGCCUAUUGUAAGUUCGUUAAGUCCCUCUGGAAAACAUGCAAGCGUCUCAAGUGACAGAGACUCUGGUUUCAAAGGUUCGGUGACGUCAGAUAGAAGCAGAGGUAGCACUGCGAGCGAGUCUAUAGAAAACUGGUGGGUAAGUGACAGCACGUACGCACAAAUUAAUGACGUGUUUCGUGACGACAUAAGCGAGUCUGUUCAACCUUUAACUGAAGAGGAAGAGUUUGAACUAAUUGCAAAGGGGUCAAAACAAAAUGACAACAGUGAUAAGCUUACCUAUGAUUAUGUUGACAUGGAACAUGAUCGCUACAUAGAGUUUAAACCAGAAGAUAACCCGCCAUCUGCAAGGCUUACGAGAAAAAUAAAACAGGAAACAACUAACGACUUUGGAGUGGAAGAAAAUAUGCAAACCGGAAUUGUCAAGAAAGAGCUACCGGAGAACUACAUUGAAUUUGAAUUAGAAGAAAAUGUCCGACCGGCAAGUAUUUUAAAGAAAGAUUUACCUGGGAACUAUAUUGAGUUUGAAUUAGAGGAAAAUUCUGGUCCAGAAAGUAUUGUUAUGAAAGAUUUACCUGAGAAUUAUAUUGAAUUCAAAAUCAAAGACGCAUCACCGAAUGCAAGUGUUAUCAAAAAGGAGUUACCUGAAAAUUAUAUUGAAUUUAACUUGGAAGACAGCUCGCCAUCCUCCAGUUUUGGUGCAGAUGAGUUACCGGAAAAUUAUAUAGAGUUUAAGGCUGAAGACAACCCACCAUCACCAAGCUUGUUAAGGAAAAAGUAUCCUACAGUACAAUUAGACAUUGAAGAUUACAUUGAAGUGGACGUAUAGAUAGAUGUUUGAUCAUUUGCACACGUUGGUGUACUUCUUAGUAUUGGUGAAGGAGCUAGCUAUGGCUUCUAUUCCUUGAAAACGAACCUUAGGACCACAAAUUGGAAUCAGAAAAUUGUACAUGUACUUUGUAUAAUCUAAGAUCAUAACUUGCUCGACUUACCUAGAUAUAUUACAUAGUAAAAUGGAGACUAUGUAAACGGACCUCGAAAUAUCUGGUAUCUGGAAAAUGUCUGUUUUUAAUUGCUUAUAACACAACCUUAUCAAAACUUGCUUUAUAAGAGUGUUGAAGUUAAAGGUGAUAGCGAAUGAAUAAAUUGCGAUGCGCUCAUGUACGCGAGGGUGUGUUCGGAAUGUGUCUAUAUCAUUGUAAUAUUUUUAUUAGAAAAGUUGAAUGAUGGAGGAUUGCUAGAUGCUACAUUCACAUUUUUCAUGAAAUAUAUUGUUAUGCAUAAUAAUGAAUUUAGAUCUAGAAGUUUAUAUAUUUUUAUGCACUUUUGUAAAUAAACAGUAAACAUGAAUAAAAUUUAACAUACAUGUAUAACGCUCAAAAGUGUAAACAAUAAUCUUUGCUGCCAACGUAAUAAUCGGUCAGUUCUAUAAAGCGAUAAUUUCAUUACGAGUACAGGCGGUUAUUUGAUUCUCACUAAAGUAGUUUGGUUUUAUGUCGUACCUACAUGGUAUGUCAUAUGGAGACUUGCCAUUUUACUGGUGGAGAAAGACUUUGUGUGCCAUUCCGUGCAGUAUUUGCAGUAUGCACGGACGGGUACCACGAGUAGAACCACGGGGUCCGCAAGCUAGCUUCCUAACAUAAAAGCCCUUGUCAGGAUUCGAACCCACGUCAGGAGCCGAGCUUAAAGUUACUGAAAGUCACAAUUCAGGAAUCCAGUACUUUGAUAAAUGCCUGGUAAAGAAAAUACCCAAGACACAAACCAUUCCAUUAUACUAAUAGCUUAUUCUGAUAUUGAUGCCUACCUACAAUGAAAUGGAACACAAAUCAAAACUUAUUUCUUUAAUGCUUUUAUUUCUUAAAAAUUAAUAUGAGCCGCGCCAUGACAAAACCAACAUAAUGGGUUUGCAACCAGCAUGGAUCCAGACCAGCCUGUGCAUCCGCGCAGUCUGAUCAGGAUCCAUGCUGUUCGAUAUCAGUUUCUCUACUUGUUAUACGGUUUGUAUUC